AUGGCGUGUACAAUCGAUUUCCGCCGUCUGGACGAGGGUUUUGGCGGUAAGACCUACAAGCGUAAGCGCGAAUCUCAAUCUCUUCUCUCUGAACCUGCUCAAAAUGAUUCAUCAAUGGAGAUCGACAAUCAGAACGACAAUCCACCAGCAAAAAGAACCGCCAUUGCAUCAUCUGAUGACCCUAACAAACCUGUUUUCGGUCGUCCUACAUACGAUGGAGUUAUCGCAGGUAGAGUUUCUGGAAGAAAUUGGAAGCAGCCGAGAAAACAUCGAUCGUCUGCAAUGGCGGUGAGUCGAAAACCUGUAUCGUUGGAGCAAAGGAUGAGAGAAAAGGAGUUGAAGAAGGCUUACAAAGAAAGGAAGGAAGAGCUAAAAGAAGAGAUUCGAAAUCAUAAGAUUGAGAAGAGGAAACAAAGAGAAGAAAGAGAGAAGAAGAAGCAAGAGAAUAUUUUGAAGUCUGGAACUAAACUUCAAAAGAUUACAAACCCUAAAACUCUUAAAAAGAUUGCUAAAUCCAAAGAUCGUAAGCUGCUUAAGGUCGUCCCUGAUCAUCUCGUUAAGAAAUAGUUUGGAUGAUCAGAAUUGAGGUUUUUGUUGCUAUUUUCAUGUAAUUUUCUCUUUUUUACUCAGUUUAAUCGAAUUUUUAAUUUCAAAUUGCUGGAGAAUCAAACCCUAGUUAAGAACUGAAAACUUUGUUUAAAUUAUCUGUAAGAAUUCUUGUUCCAGUUGUAUUUUUGUUUGAAAUGAAAGGUUUAAGUUUUGUA